CAAAGCAGUGAAGCAGAAGGCGGGCGCUGGACGCGGCACCAAAUGCUCAGACACGUUUUCUUGACAGGACCGCCAGGUGUGGGUAAAACCACGUUGGUCCAGAAGGCGUGUGAUGCGCUGCUCUCCUCGGGCCAGGCGGUGGAAGGCUUUUACACGGAAGAGGUCAGGGAAGGAGGCCGCAGAGUGGGGUUUGAUGUGGUCACAGUGAGUGGAGAAAGAGACCACCUGUCCAGAAUCAGAGACAUUGCGGGUGACUCUCACAGCAGACGGGAGUACACAGUUGGCCAAUAUGUUGUGGAUUUACCGUCAUUUGAACGCCUGGCCCUCCCCCUCUUCACGAAGGUACACCACACGCUAGCGUGCCUGUGGGCUCGGAAGACGGGACCGGCAAGAAGGUGUUUGUGCCUUGACGAGAUUGGUAAAAUGGAACUCUUUAGCCAGCCGUUCAUCAAGGCGGUGAGAAUGACAUUAGACUGCUCUUCCUGCACCAUUUUGGGCACCAUCCCCAUCCCCAAGGGGAAACUGCUUGGUCUGGUGGAAGAUGUGCGGACUAGGAGCGAUGUCAGGGUCUUCACUGUGUCUAAGGAAAACAGAAAUGCCAUUCUGCAAGAUAUUCUAUCAGCACUUCAGGAGUGUUUAAAAUAACACUGCUAACACAAGGAUAACAACUCUAGAAAGGUAAACAUGCAAUUAAAUUCAAUUGACGUCUUAUUUUCUUGUUAAAGUAUGCAUCUACGUAAUAUAACUGGGUUGUGACCCAACCACCCAGCCGCUCAAUGAGCACACAAUUAACGUUUUGCUUUGUGCCUGCUCAAAAUGGAUUCUGUGCUGAAUAAUUGAUGGAUGACAGCAGGUUACCUUCUGUUGUCAAACUGAUAGUCUUCAAAACUAUUCAUACCAUAUGCAGUAAUUUAGAUUUUCCCCAAUUAAAGACAUUGAGCCGAUCUUUUCAGGUCAUUUUGAGGAUGUGCUCAUGAAAAUCCAAUCAACAUACUGUACAUUAUUUUGUCAUUUAUGUUCUAUUCAUAGAAUAGCAUGAAAAAUAAAUGUUUUUGUUCUCA